AUGUCGCUGAAGCCGGAUCAUUGGUACAAGACAAACGGAACGCUGCUUUGGAAUGAGAACACGCGAAUUGUCAGGGUGAAGGUUAUAGCUGGAAUUGGCCUGGCCAAGAAGGAUAUCUUAGGAGCCAGUGACCCGUACGUGAAAGUGACAGUGUAUGACCCGGUGAAUGGAGUCCUUACCAGUGUUCAGACAAAAACUAUUAAAAAGUCCUUAAACCCCAAGUGGAACGAAGAACUCUUAUUUAGAGUUAAUCCUCAGAAACACAGACUCCUUUUUGAAGUGUUUGAUGAAAACCGUUUGACUCGAGAUGAUUUUCUUGGGCAAGUGGAUAUUCCUCUUUAUCAGUUACCGACAGAAAACCCAAGUAUGGAGAGACCGUAUACAUUUAAGGAUUUUGUUCUUCAUCCAAGAAGCCAUAAAUCGAGAGUUAAAGGCCACCUUAGAUUAAAAAUGACUUACUUGCCUAAAAGCAAUGGGUCUGAAGAAGAAACCACGGAACAGGCUGAAGAAUUAGAGCCUGGGUGGAUUAUAUUGGAUCAACCAGAUGCUGCUAGCCAGCCGCAACAGCAGCAGCAGGAAUCUCCUCCGCUGCCUUCAGGCCGGGAAGAAAGGCAAGAUAUCCUCGGCAGGACCUACUAUGUCAAUCACGAAUUCAGAAGAACACAGUGGAAAAGACCAACUGCUCAGGACAACGUAGCUGUUGCAGAUAUUGGUAGUGUGCAGUUGGAGGCCCAGCACGUGUUCACUCAUCGGCGACAGAUAUCAGAGGAUACAGAAAAUCUAGACAACAGAGAUUCCCCUGAGAGCUGGGAAAUUAUAACAGAAGAUGAGGCAACAACGUAUAGCAAUCAGAACCUUCAAAUACCUCUUUCACAGAGUAAUUGUGAUCUACAAACUCAUCUUGCAGAAGAAUUAAAUACCAGACUUACUACCUCUGGAAGUUCAGCUACUGGCCAGUCAGCAGCCUACACUAACCAUUCCAGCAGAAGAGGUAGUUUGCAAACAUACAGAGUUGAAGAGCAGCCGGCACAUCCAGUGUUACUGCCUACUUCAUCGGGGUUACCCCCAGGCUGGGAAGAAAGACAAGAUGAAAAAGGGAGGUCAUAUUAUAUAGAUCACAAUUCCAGAACCACUACCUGGAUAAAGCCAGUUGUACAGAUCACUAUGGAAACAGGUCAGUUGUCAGCUGCACAAAGUACUUCUGUGGGAAGACAACCACAAGCAACACCAAGUGAUUCAUCGCAACAGUCUUCUCAGCAGCAGCCUGAAGUGGAGCAAGGAUUUCUCCCUAAAGGCUGGGAAGUCCGACAUGCACCCAAUGGGAGACCAUUCUUUAUUGACCACAAUACCAAAACUACAACAUGG